AUGAGUGUCUCGGGCCAGCAUGGAAGGCCGGACGGCGAGAUGUUCCUCAACCGUCCCAAUGACCGCGACUCCCCCACCAUCGUCGAGCCUUUGCGCAUUAAUAAAAGAACCUCCAGCGCCUCCUCAGGCGUGCCCUCUAUUGCUGGCAAGCAGAGCCCUAUUCCCCAGCAGCCUGCUCAGCCUGCCACUGUCUACCCGAUGCCAUCCCUCCCCUACCCGGACGAGCAGGCUCGCCUGCAAGCACAAGCCACGCGUUCCAACGGCUCUCCAGCCCCAUAUCCUUAUCCGGAUGUGAGAAGAGUGACUUCUCCUGAACAGAGCGGAACUGGAGGCAAUGGGGCAAGGCAGCAGGCAAAGAGGACGACUUCAGGAGAUGGGCGAAUUCCACAAACACUGGCAGAACGCCGGGGGACUGCGCCAAAGCCUCUGCCAGAAUCUCCCGGCCCGGAUGCGCCAGAUAAAGAAGGACUAUUCCAGCGCCCCCCUCAGCGAGGCGAUCCGCCGAGCACGGCGCCUCUCCCGAGUCAAAAUGAAUCUCGCCAGCAGUAUUGGCCGCCACCCCCCGAAGGUGCGGCUGCUGCAGCAGAUGCUUUGAGCAGGUUGAAGAUCAGGGACCCUUCCUCGAUCAACCGAAUAAGUUCGACGGCAUCCACAUCCACCACCAGGGCUCAGCGCGGAUCUCCUCCACCGCCAGAAACGCCAAUCGUUGGCCCAGGGGCCCGUCCACAGACCGACAUCGAAGCCCGCUACGCAGCGUCUGGCAUUGCAGGCACCGCAACACUGAACAGCUUGCAGGCCCAGAGCCUUGCGGCUCAGCAAAGAGCCUCUCAGUACAACGUGCAACCUCAGCCCGCCCAGACACAGACCAACGCUCCCCCACGGCGGCCUUGGACGCCGACCGAAGCCCCGGGGAGCUCGCAACACCCUGCUCCGACAGUGUAUCAAGGUAUGGAAGAAGCUCGCCCAUCACCCCCAACUGCAGCCACCGCAUCGACGACACGCUCAGGAGCUCUUCAAUCUCCAACUCGAGCCCAGCAUCCUGUCGAAACUGAGAUUUCCAGGCUGCAGCCUCAUGAAGAGCCUCCUCCGGCAUACUCUCAGAUUCCUGGUGGGAGGAACGUCUCAGGGAACGAGAAACAAAGGAGAAGUAUGGUCGGGGCCGCUGUGGCGCCAGCGGCGACAGCAGGAAUCGCACCCACAGUAGCUCCACAACCAACCAACUUCAUGCCAGGAACACAGGUCCCCAACCAGAUGGACCACCCAGCAUUUGCGAACGACCCUAGGCAAGCAGUCCAAAGCCCACAGGUCCAUGCGACCAUGAACGGACAGAUGCCACAAGCACAGCCCAUCGUGCCUCAGACACCCUCACAAAUUCCUCCCGCUUCUCCGCCACCGCUUCCCGAGGGUUGGAUAGCCCAUUUGGACCCAAACUCGGGGCAAUAUUACUAUAUCCACUUACCUACACAGUCGACGCAGUGGGAGUUUCCCAAAGGUCCGACGCCUCUCAACCUCAAUGAUACACCUUUGUCUCCGGUCGCCAGUGUCUACCAGAACCCGCUUGCUUCACCUGGCUUGUCUUUCACUUCCAAACCACUCGCGUCUCCGGGCAUUCCCAUGACUCCUGGAUAUGAGCAGCAAAGUGUGAUGGGCUUGCCUGGACCAGCAGCCUUCACUGGCCCGCCUCCGAGCGCUGGUGUGGAUCUGUACAAGGUGGUGGCAACGAAUGGCGUCUACUUUGGUCCUUAUCUUCGCUAUGCCAAUAUGGAUAUAGAGCGUGGCAUCUGGUAUGGAUCGAUCCUGCUGGUCACGGAUGCACCCCAACCGCCAACAAUACACAUUCAUCAGAGUGUUGAUUUGUCGCCAAACCCGCGCCAGUUGAAAGCCAGUGGCAUUUCAACUCAUCAGCGAUGGACAUUUUACAAGUACGAGGUUGACCUGCACAUGGAAGAGUCUGGAGCUGCAAAGUGGACGUAUGCCAUUACUUCUCACCUGGGUUGCACGAGAUAUGAGUUUCUGGUGGCUGGCAAACAUGAGACCAAUUGGCGUUUUGUAUGCACCUCUGCGAACGACUUUUCCCUCAACGUGAGCGCCAACGAGCGCGCCCGACUGGGCGGGGUGGGAUUCAUGUGGAAAGACAUCAUGCAGAAACAUGCCGAAUGCGGCGGGUUCCACUGCCAGCUCGGCUUGGGCAGUCAGAUCAAUGCCGACAGGCUGUGGAAGGAGAUACCAUCGCUGAAACAGUGGCUGUCAACGAGCGGGAAAGAAAACCGCAAGAAUGCUGUCUGGACAGCAGCGCACGAAGAGGACGUGACGCAUGCAUAUUUUCAUUAUUACACGAGUCAUUUUGAUCAGCCAUAUUUGCGCGAGGCUUUUGCCCAGAUACCCCAUAUCUUGACGAUUGAUGAUCACGACAUAUUUGACGGGUUUGGUUCUUACCCAGAAUACAUGCAAUUUAGCAACAUGUUCAAGAACAUUGGAAGGAUUGGUAUAGAGAUGUAUCUGCUAUUCCAGCAUCACACUACACUCGAACUCCUUCGGAAUGUGUCAGACGACAGAGAUCUGUUUACCAUUACGGGGACGGGGUGGCACUUCGUCAAAUUCCUCGGGCCAGCGGUCGCCGUGGUCGGUCCAGACACUCGAAGUGAACGGACACUCCAUCAAGUCAUGGCAGGCCCUACCUACCAAGGUCUCUUUCCGAAGAUUGCUCUGCUCCCACCAACAAUCCAGCACUGUCUCCUGAUGAUACCGGUCCCCUUGAUCUAUCCGAGGCUGGAUGCUGCGGAAUCGAUAGCGCAGACCGUGGCAACCGGGAAGAAAGCGGUGACGGGGGCCUAUAACGUGCUCGGCAAAGUGACGAGCUCCGUUGCAGGCGUGGUCGGAGCGAAAGGAGCAGUUGGAUCGGGAUUUGACUCGGUCAAACGUGCCGUCGGGAAAUCUGGGCUCAUGGGAGGUAUUCUGAGUCCGUUUGGAGACAUUGACGUUCUCGACGAGCUGAAGGACCAGUGGACCCAUGAUUCCAAGGAUCUGGAGCGGACGUACUUCAUUCGGACCCUGCAGGGGAUCUCGCAUCAACGAUCCAUCCGCAUGACAUUUGUAUCCGGAGCAGUCAACACAUGUGGAGCGGGUCUUGUCCACGAUCCAUCUCACCCAUCAGACCACAAGACCAUGUACCAGAUUAUUUCGUCGCCGGUGGUGAAUACUCCGCCUCACAGCUAUGUUAUGAAACUGCUCAACAACAACAAACCACUCUACAUCCCUGCGAAUGGACAGCGAUCCACCCCAUCACAGCCGACCGACACGAAAGAAGACAUGAUGGAGAUCUUUACGCACGACGUGACGGGGCAACCCAUCAACAACCGGAAAUUGAUGGCACGGCGCAACUAUGUGGCGGUUGUGGUCUAUGAUCCCGAAGUGGUCAAUGGCACAUUUGGGCAGACGGACAUGCACCGAGGAUCGGGCAAGUUGAGUCUGGCGGCCGACUUUUUGGUGCAGGGAGAGGGCGCAUAUGGAAGUGUGGUCAAAUACGGACCUGUGGUUGUGCCGAGCCUGGAGUAUGGGCGUUGA